AUGAAUAAUCAUAAUUUUUUAGAGUUUUAUAAGAUCUGUGGAUUAUUAAAGACAACAAAGAGAACGGGAUGGGUUAACAAUGGCAUUCAUUUACCAGAGUCAAUCUCUGAUCACAUGUAUAGAAUGUCAAUGUUUGCAAUGUCGCUCGGUGACAACACGCUGGGUACUGAUGGCAAACCAAUAGAUAGAAUGAAAUGUAUGAAAAUGGCAUUGGUUCAUGAUCUAGGUGAGUCACUCGUUGGUGACUUUACUCCACACGAUAAAAUAACAAAAGAAGAGAAAUUCAAUUUAGAACAAAAUGCUAUGUUAAAAAUAAAGAGCACAUUAAAUAAUGAUGCUGGUGAAGAGAUUUACAAGUUAUGGUUGGAAUACGAAGAAGCAACUACAUGUGAAGCAUUGCUGGUGAAAGAUUUCGAUAAGUUUGAAAUGAUUUUGCAAGCUUUGGAGUAUGAGAAAUCACAAGGUAAAGAUUUACAAUCAUUUUUUGACUCUACUCGUAAUAGAUUUAAACAUCCUAUAUUCCAAGAUCUUGCUAUCAAAGUUGAACAAGAAAGACCAAAAAAUAAUAAAUAA